GGUUGAAGCAUGGCGGUAAGCGUGGAUGCUCCCGAAUAUUAUUGUAUUCUUUUGUGAUUCCCAAUAUUUAAUCUAGGAAUAUCGUACACAGACUAACGAUGUAAGGUAUUCAAGAAAAGUUCAGUGAAAUGUUGUGAGUCAAAAUUUAUGUUCGUCAAAACAUCGAAUAAACAGACGGGGUCUUCCGCAAAUUAUGGCGUCGAACGAUGAAGGCAGCAAUGAGGAAAAUAGGUUUUUUCGAGAGGAAGAACCUUGCUACAUGCCUUUAGAAGCAACUUCCACCUGCCCUAUGUGUCUGUUGGCAAGUAACAAGUGCAAAUGCAAUAUGACUAACCAAACAUUUGAACAGGAGAUUUCAAACAACACAGGCAGUGGUGAAGUUGAAACCAACUUAAGCAGCUUGAAAAAUGGCCACCCUAGCCCUAGCUACAUGGAAAAUGAUAGCAAAAGUAUGGAUAAGGCAUAUGAGAGCGAAACUCCUGUUUUAUGCCCUGAAAGUCCCCCUGAAGACAUUUUAGGCAACCUUGAAACUGAUGCUACAGGUGACUUAACCAUAAUAGAUAUAAAAUCUGAAAAACCACUCGCAUUCAAUGGAGAAAAACUAUAUUUUUCAACUCAACAGAAUGAGUCUGCUAAGAGUGAAUCUGCAGAGUGUCCAAAUGUGAAACCUGAAAAUGAGCUGAAUUCAGGGAGUAAUGCUGAUAACAAAGAGAAUUAUAGUAGUGAUAGAUAUAGCAUGGAAGAAAAAGAUAUCUUCUCAAAUAGCAAUUUGUUUUCAAGUUGCCCUGUGAAAUCCGAAUCUACUGAGCAUACCCCAGACUCUUCUACUAAAAUAGGCUGUGAUUCUACUUGCAAUAUGGGUGCUGUGGAAAGUCCAAUUGGAAAUACAAAAGAUACUGAGAAUAUUAAAGAUUCUAACAUGAAUAACACUAUCACAAUUAAAGUGGAGGGAAAAGCUCCCAUAAAAGUUGAUGGCUCUAAUAAAAAAUUGUGUUCUGGAUUUGUUGAAAAGGUCGAGCAAUUAGAUUAUAAUUUAUUGAAGGGGAAAAAGGGUAUUGAUCUGCUGACAGCUAUAGAAGAUCAAUCUAAUGCAAAGAUGAAGGUAAUGGAAAGGCAUACUUCUAGUUCAGCAGAAUCUAGUGGAUCAAAAGGAAGAGGAAGAACAAGAUCUAUGGAUGCUGCAGUCAAACCAAGCAGAGGGAUUAAAAGAUCACAUUCAGCAGAUACAAGUGACCCUGAUUCAAAAAUGCCUAAACUUGAUUUUAAAGCCUAUAGAUCAAGAAAAAUAUCUACUAGUAAAUCCUCAAAACAUAGGGAUGAUAAGAAACGCAGCAGGAGUAAAUAUGAUGAGAAAAGUAAGACCUACUCAAAAUCCAAGUCAUCACACUCAAGUAGUAGUUCAUCAAAGGAUCGCCAUCAUUCAAGCCACUACUCAGAUAUCAGACCACGCCUCUUGACCAAUGGAAACUACAGUUAUGCACCAGAAGAUAAAUCUCUGCGCUACAGAAAAUACUUCCAUGUUGAAACGCACACGAAUGGAGGUGCUAAAAUUCUUCGUAUGUACCAUGAUGAAAUCAAACAUCUGAAUUCCAGCCAAAUGAAAGAGCUGGUACAUGAGUUUUUCAAGCUGGCUUUUGAAGAGGACAAAGAUGGCAGUGCAACAUUUGUCAUAGCAGUAGUUCAUGGCAGUGCAACAUAUAUGCCUGACAUCCUUGAUUACAUGGCAGACAAUUAUCCAAAUCUUACUGUUCAUAAUGGGCUUUUAAGCAAGAGUUCAGAUAUUGAAACAACCACUCUGUCAGCUUAUCGGGAUAAUGUGGCGAAACAUUAUGAAUCUGGCACUGUCAGAUAUGGACCACUUCAUCAGAUUAGCAUUGUUGGAACUGCACAUGAAGAAGUUGGAGGAUAUUUUCCCGAUCUGCUUGGUAUUUUGGAGGAAAAUCCAUUUCUCAAGCUAACUAUGCCCUGGGGAGCGUUAUCAAUAUGUGAUCAAAUGAAGCCCACAGAUAGUAAUGAUGGUCCAAUCAUUUGGUGUAGGCCAGGUGAACAACUUGUCCCUACAGCCGAUUCGCGUACUCCUAAUAAGCGAAAAAGGACUGGUAUUAACGAGCUAAAGAAUCUGCAGUAUCUUCCGAGAAUGUCGGAGGCAAGAGAGCACCUUUUUGAAGACAGAACCAAAGCCCACGCAGAUCAUGUUGGCGCUGGGUUAGACAGAAAAACGACAGCUGCUGUUGGAAUUCUGAAGGCUAUACAUGGAGGCAAACGCGAAGGACCAAUUAACAGGAUAACAAAGGAUGUAGUCGCUUUUUCCGCUAAGUAUUUUGAUAUCUUAGCUGAGAAGUUACAGCUGGAUCUACACGAACCACCAAUUUCACAGUGUGUGACUUGGAUAGAAGAUGCAAAGUUGAACCAGCUGAGACGUGAAGGUAUUGAAUAUGCUAGGAUAAACUUGUAUGACAAUGACAUUUAUUUUCUACCAAGGAACAUUAUCCAUCAGUUCAGAACUGUCACAGCAGUCACUAGCGUUGCGUGGCAUGUUCGGUUGAAACAGUACUACCCUGUUUCUGAACAACAAGAACCUGCUGACGAAACAGCAUCUCAAAAGCCUACAGAGUCUCAUAAGCCACAAAAAACGCCUCUGAAGUCUUUGAACCAUCAGGACAUAAAACUUCCAGAAAAACCAAAAGUUAAACUGGACUUCAACAAAUAUGCUGGUAUCGAAAAAGUGAAAGUGGAUGAAGAGAAAGAUAAACAUAAAGAUAAGGAAAAAGAUAAAGACAGGACGAAGGAGAAACAUCAUAAAGAUAAACAUAGGGAUAAAUCGAGGAAUGAUAAAGAUCGGCAUGAAAAUCGAAGCAAAGACAGGUAUCGAGAUCGUGACAAGGAUAGAGACAGGUCACACCAUCGAAAUUCUCACAAGUGUGAUAGAGACAAACACAAACAUAGUGAAAAACUUAAACAAAAUUCCAACAAUACCGGUUCCAAAGAACUGAUGACCAAGACAAGUAGCAGUGAUAUAAAGAGUUCAAGUAGUAGCGAUAUGAGGUCAACAAGCAGCUCAACUAUUCUGUCAAGUAAUUCUUCGAGUGAACUAAUCCCGACCAGUGUAAGUGAGGUGACAGACAGUAUAUCGCCUGUGAAAAGUAUUAACCCCCCUGCCUCGAAUAUAUCACCUACCAAAAGUGAUAAGAGUGAAUCGUCACCCAUUAAAAAGCAUAAGUCGGUCAAACUGAAGAUACAAAAGCCUCAAUCCACUGAUAUCCUUGGUGAUAUCCUGAAGGAUAUGAAUAAGAAUGAUCCUCAUAUAUAAUAUUAAGCUACAGGUCGAAUAAGAAGUACAUAUCUCAAGGAAUUUGUAAGGUUUGUACUCCUUUUUCGAACUGUUACAAUGUGGGAUAAUUGUACUCUUUCAGUGAGUUUUUAUUCCAGCUUAUUUUUCCAAAUGUACAUACUAGUACUCAGGCCUAGGUAUGUGUGUAGUCUGAAAAAUCUCACUAUCUCGGAAGGUAGCUUAAGAUACAUAUUGGUAGAGUAUAAAGAGGUAUGUAUGUUGGAAAAUGUGCAUGACAAAGGAUGAGGCCUAUACGGCGGUUUUUGGCCUUGGAAUAACUGAGAUUUUAAGUUGGUCGCAACUAUACAUUUUCAACUUUCAACAUUUUUUCUUUUCGUUUCAUACAGGAUGUGACUAAAUGAUAGGGCAUAAUUACAAAGGAGCAUUCCUGAAACAAAUUCAAGUAGAAAAGUUCAUAUAAGCGCGUCUUAAAAAGCCUGGUUUCCAAGAUACGCAAUGUUGAAGAUAUAAAAAAAUGGUCUUUGACAGAGGAAAAAAAUAGCACACUGUCCCACAACAUGCCCAUAACAACAUAAUAACAUUCUCUAACAAAGAUCAAAGUUAAUUUGAUUUUAUUUUAAUAAUUUUUUUGGUAUGUAAUGAAGUUGUUUUUCUCCUCAAAAACGAAGUAACAUACGAAGAGGAUACCAAGAGACAAAAAAGUUGUACCAUUAGCUGCUUAAUCCGAAAAAAAAUACAGAUUUCUCAAAAAAGUGAUGUACAUUUUUUGUUAAUAUAAUUCGUAAGACCUCUCCCCAAGGCGCCACUGGCAUUCAUAAUUAUCUUUUAGUUAGUGCUAACUUAUUAUUGCAGUAAGCAGUAUUGCCAAAAUCAACAUAAUCGGCACAUAGAUCUUUGAGAUAUUAAUAAAAAAACAUUUUUUUUUAAUUUCGACACCCUUUAUCUAUAAAACCGGGACCCAUAUAUGAGUUUUUCUACUGAAAUUUGUCUCAGGCUGCGCCCUUGAAAUUACGGCAUAUCAUUAAGUGAGUUCAGUAGAGUAGAAAAGGGCAAAGGGUAGUUUUGAAUGGAUUUUGGCGUUGGUUAUCAUGUCUUGGCCAGUUUUGAUGCGUUUUUUAUAAGGUUAUUAUCAAGUCAAUUGUCACGCUAAGUAGCCACGGUUCCAAUAAGUUCUAAUACAUCAGCAUAUAGUUAGCUACUGCGCCAUCUAUGCGACAUUAAUAUUUUCAAAUUAGGUUUCUUAUUGUGAAAAGUAGAAACAUAAUUGUGAGAAAUUCUUAUAGAUGACGCCCUGAUAUCCCAUUUCGUAUGGGAUAACAUCGUUAAAUUGACAUUCUUCUGUGACUCAGUUGUCGUUCUGGCACCCAGUUCUAUAGCAUACAGCUCUGCCUGGAAGAUCGAUGCUCAGAUUUUUUAACCUUUAGCUUCGGCACGAAGAUACCAGCUCCAACACCUACCUCGGUCUUGGAGCCAUCUGUUUAUGCACAGAUAUCUUUCCUUAUCAGGUUAACUUGCUGUUCCCACUCAUUCCUGGGUGGAAAAGUAGGGUUUAGCAUAUCUUGUUAUCUUUGGCAUUAUACAGGGUGACUUCGAAGUUGAGUCAUUUAUUUUAACAGUGAGUAGAUCUGAUCAAAAGAAAUGUUUUUUUCCUUUACAAUUUUUCUGGUAAAAUUAAAGUAACAAAGUUAUAGCCCUUUGGAAGUUUGAGUACCGCCCUGUCUCAAUAAUAAUAUUAUGUGCUCGUGUUUGGCGACAACGGAUAUAAUCCGCCUUAUCGGUUCAUCGCAUCGGAAACAAAAAAGCGAAAGAAUUUGGAACGAUGUUUUUACAAUUAUUUUAUUCAUUUGUAUACAGUCAGUGUCAGUGAAUAGUGGUGUCUGUUGCGUGGCUCAAACGAAAUAAAAAAUGGCACAUGUUUAUGCGGAUGGGUUUCCCAAUCGAGUGCAACCAACCCCUCGUGCCUUUGUUAAUGUAGUACAACGGGCUCGUGAAUCAGGUGACGGCAUGCCGGUGCUCCAAGACCUCACGAUCAAAUACAGGUCCGCACUGAAAUACUUGUCGGGAGGAUACUUUAUAAACCAAGGUAAGCUUUUUUUUAAUUUUUUUUUAUUUUUACACACAUAUUUUGGUUUAUCUUCCUUCUACAAUCAUUAUCUGAAAAUUAAUGACUCAACUUCAAAGUCAUAUAUCAGAAGGCAUUCCCAGACUGUGGUGGUUUUGUAAGUCCACCAGCAUGUCCUUCUCCUCCAUAGUGAUAUUGUCCAUUGGCCACAUGAUGUAGUCUUCCAGGUAUAUGUGCAAGGGGGGUAAAUAAGAAGGACCUCCAUAGCUGCAGUUGGUGUGCUAAGAAAGGCACCAGUGAUCAACAUACAAGCUUCUCUCUGUAUUGCACUCAGUUUGGCUUGGACAGUUCUUUGUGCUGCCUUGCCCCACCAAGCUACAGUUACAUAACCAUGGUAUAACACCCAAACAUUUGUUUAGGUUUCACUCCCCAGUUCCUCCCACAAACCCUUCAGUAGUUCCAUAGCGAGAUCCUUGUCUUCUUAGGGACUGCUUCCAGAUGCGAAUUCCAGUUUAGUGUUUAAUCUAAGAUUAUUCCUAGAUAUGUUGUCUCUUUUGCAAACGGUACAUUCUCACCUUGGAUUAAUCCCAUCCGGUUUUCUCUUUCUGGUGAAAGGUAUGAUGACCAUUUUUUGCGGGUUGAUUGACAUUCCCUU